UGCUUAAAAUUGAAGCUUAUUAUAUAUAAUCGACGAGAUAGAGGUGAGAAGAGCCAAGGGCGAAGCAGAGCAAAGGCAAGAAACUAUGGCGAAUUCCGACCCCGAUAAACUCAUCUCCAAAGCCGAUAAAUUAACAAAACUCAGUUUUACCAGAUGGAGUGCUGACUGGAAGUCUGCUACUGUUCUGUAUGAACAAGCAGCUAUUGCUUAUCGGCUGAAAAAAGACUAUGAGAAAGCAAAAGAGGCAUUUGAGAAGGCUUCAAAAGGACAGGAAAUGAUUUCAUCACCUUGGGAUGCUGCCAAACAUAUGGAGUCUGCUGGUGCCCUCGCAAAGGAAAUUGGCCACUGGAAUGAAGUUAUUGACCUUUAUAGGAAAGCGUCUGAAUUGUAUAUUGAAUGUGGAAGAUCACAACCUGCUUCAGAUGCUCUUGCAAAGGGUGCUUGCGCUUUAGAAGAUGUGGCUCCUGAUGAUGCGGUUAAGUUAUACAAUGAUGCUUGUGAGAUUCUUGAAGAGGAUGGAAAGGAACAAAUGACUUUUGAUUUGUAUCGUGCUGCGGCGGCGAUCUAUGUCAAACUUGAGAAGUACACAGAUGCUGCAUCUGUUCUGUUAAGAUUGGCCCUAGCUGCUAAUAAAUGCAAUGCUGUUCACAGUCAAUGCAAGGCUUAUCUCAGUGCUGUGAUAGUUUAUCUUUUUGCAAAUGAUUUCCAGCAAGCUUCAAAGUGUUACAAUGAUUGUUCUCAAAUUGAAACAUUCCUUAAUAGUGAUCAAAGUAGAUGUGCUACAAAACUGCUUUCCGCAUAUGAGGAUGGGGACGCUGAAGAAAUCAAACGGGUUGGCCAAUCCAGCACUAUUUCUAAUCUUGAUCAUGUGAUAAUUAGGCUUGCUAGGAAACUGCCAACAGGUGACUUGAAAGAUAUCAAAAUAGAAAGCUCCAGGGAAGAAGAACCUUUGGAUGAGAAUGACCUCACCUAAUUUAUCUGAUUUUUUUUUUAUGGAAGACACUGCUAUGGAAAAUCACCACUUUCACAGUACAAUAUUCCUCAUACAGUGAUUAUUGUUCUCAAGGCAUGUUAUUUGAGUUUUACUUGAAGAGUAGUAAAGGAAUUCAGUAUCUUUACAUAUCUGUAAGUCUACUCGUCUUAAGGCGUAGUUUCUUAAAUGUUUCCUCGUGUUACAGAAGUGUUGACUUUUGUGUAUAUACAUUAUCACCAUUGUUGUGUGAAACAUUUAUAUUUUGUUAAUGUUGAAGAAUAUUUGGUGGUGUUUUUAAACUA